CUAAUUGCUGUUGCUUCAGUGCUAGUGAAUCAACAUGCCAAGCUAAUAGCUGCAGGUAGAGGGCAGACAAAAUCCUGCUAGGAAUGUACAGCUAGUUGCUUGUGAUAACCAUAGCAGUUGGAAUGCGUAGCAGAACAUGGAGAAUGAUUGUGUGCUUUCUGGUCUAAUAUAAGAUCUUCUGAAAUGAACUUCUGAGUGAAGUUCAAUAGAAAAUGCUACAGCAGUUUUGUCUCUGGGAAUGGUUGGCUGUAGGAGUUGCGAUUGCUACUGUCUUCACCAAUUGUUUGGCUCAGAAUGAUGAUGACUGCAAGUUGGCCAGGGCAGGUCCUCCAGCCACAAUAGUUCCUAUAGAUGAAGAAAGCCGAAAUGGCACUAUCCUAGUGGACAGUAUGCUGAUAAAAGGGACAGCAGGAGGGACUGAUCCCACUAUUGAACUCUCAUUGAAGGACAACAUUGAUUACUGGGUGAUUCUGGAUCCCAUCAGCCAGAGGCUGUACCUAAACAGUACUGGACGACUUCUGGACAGAGAUCCACCAAUGUCAAUUCAAUCCAUUGUGGUUCAAGUCCAGUGCAUUAACAAAAAAGUUGGCACCGUUAUCUACCAUGAAGUACGGAUUGUGGUGAGAGACAGGAAUGAUAACUCCCCUCAUUUUCAGAAGCAGCGAUACUAUGUGGCAGUAAAUGAGUUAACACCAGUUGGAACCACCAUCUUUACAGGAUUCUCUGGGAACAAUGGUGCCAUGGACAUAGAUGAUGGUCCCAAUGGCCAGAUAGAAUAUGUCAUCCAGUACAAUCCUAAUGACCCAACAUCCAAUAGGACCUUUGACAUUCCUCUCACUUUGUCUGGAGCAGUAGUUUUACGGGAGAGACUAAAUUAUGAAGAAAAGACACGUUAUUUUGUUAUUGUUCAGGCAAAUGACCGGGCUCAAAAUCUUAAUGAACGAAGAACAAGUACAACCACCCUCACAGUUGAUGUGCUUGAUGGGGAUGAUCUUGGACCAAUGUUUCUCCCGUGUGUCUUAGUGAAUAACACUCGUGACUGUAGGCCACUCACCUACCAAGCCAGCUUACCAGAAUUCACUGAUCCUACACGAGUGAACCCCAUCAAUGUCACUCCACCAAUAGAAGCUAUAGAUCAGGACAAAAACAUCCAGCCUCCUUCUGAUCGACCACGCAUCCUCUAUUCCAUCCUACUUGGGACUCCUGAGGAUUAUCCACAAUACUUCUGUAUGAAUCUUACAACAGCUGUACUCAGUCUCCUAAAGCCAAUAAACAGGGAUUUACACCAGAAAUUUGAUUUGGUUAUUAAGGCAGAGCAAGACAAUGGUCAUCCACUUCCUGCCUUUGCCAAUUUACAUAUCGAAGUCCUGGAUGAGAACAAUCAGAAGCCUUACUUCACAGAAUCUCUGUACGAGGGGUUUAUUCUGGAGUCCUCCCCAGUGGGCACAACCAUCUCUGACAACCAGAAUUUGACUUCUCCACUACAAAUCAUAGCUUUGGACAAUGAUGUAGAAGAGACAAAGGAUCCACAGCUCCAUCUUUUCCUAAAUGAUUAUAAUACAUUCUUCACUGUGACUCAGACUGGUAUAACUCGGUACCUCACCUUACUCCAACCAGUUGAUAGAGAGCUCCAGCAGCUAUACACCUUCUCGAUGACAGCUUCUGAUGGUGUACAGGAGAGUAUGGCAGUUAUGGUCAGUAUCCUGGUGAUUGAUGCAAAUGAUAACUCUCCAGCCUUCUCCAACAUAUCAUACAAUGUCAAGAUUUAUACAGAUAUGAGGCCUGGGGAAAGCGUUAUAAAGCUCAGUGCCAUAGAUGCAGACCAAGGGCCAAAUGGGCAGAUCAUAUAUGAAAUUCUGGCUGGGGACCAGGGAGACUUCAUCAUUAAUGACCGAACGGGCCUUAUCACCAUCGCUCCAGGAGUUGUAUUGUCAGUAGGGAGGUCCUAUGCACUCACUGUCAAAGCAUCUGACAAUGCUCCUCCUGCACAGAGAAGGAGCUCCAUCACUACUGUUUACAUUGAGGUACUUCCUCCAAACAAUCAGAGCCCUCCCCGCUUUCCCCAGCUGAUGUACAGUCUUGAAAUCAGUGAGGCCAUGAGAAUUGGUGCCAUUUUGUUAAACCUGCAGGCCACUGAUCGAGAGGGUGACCCAAUAAGAUACCUCAUCCAAAAUGGAGAUCCUCAACAUGUUUUUAAUCUCUCUGAAACUUCUGGACUUCUUGCCUUAGGAAAGCCCUUGGACAGAGAAAGCACUGAUCGCUACAUUUUGAUUGUCACAGCCUCGGAUGGCAGACCAGAUGGGACCUCAACUGCCACUGUUAAUGUGGUGGUGACCGAUGUAAAUGACAAUGGACCAGUCUUUGAUCCCUUUCUACCUAAAAAUUUAUCUGUACAAGAAGAGGAAGUGAAUGCUUUUGUCGGGCAAGUGAGGGCUACGGACCCAGAUGCUGCAGUAAAUGGCCAAGUACAUUACAGCUUGGUAAACUUCAACAAUAUUUUCCGCAUCACAUCAAAUGGUAGCAUUUACACAGCAGUUAAACUGAACAGAGAAACAAGGGACUAUUAUGAACUUACAGUUGAAGCAACAGAUGGAGCUGUGGACCCCCGCCGUUCAACAUUAACUCUGGCAAUCAAAGUUCUGGAUAUUGAUGACAACAGCCCUAUGUUCACUAAUGCCUCCUACACUGUCUGUGUUCCAGAAAAUCUACCACCUGGCACAGUCUUCCUGCGAAUAGAGGCAAAGGAUAUUGACCUUGGUUCAAAUGUUACCUAUCGGAUACGAACCCAGGAAGCACUGCCGUUUUUUUCAUUGAACAAGUUCACAGGAGAAUUAUCACUUUUAAAAUCCCUGGAUUAUGAGUCAUUCUCUGGAACAGAGGCAACCUUUACCUUUCUAGUGGAAGCCUUUGAUAGUGGAGGAACUAUGCCUCCAGGACUAGCUACUGUCACUGUGAGAGUAAAGGAUAUGAAUGAUUACUCCCCAGUAUUUAGCAACGCUCUCUACAGGGGAAUGGUUGCUCCCGAUGCAAUCAAGGGCACUGUUAUUGCUACAGUUUCAGCUGAAGAUCAGGAUCCUCCGGGUACACCAGCAAGUCGUGUAAGGUAUAAAGUAGAUGUCAUCCAGUUCCCUUACAGUGCUAGCAUUUUUGAUGUAGAGGAAAAUUCAGGAUGUGUAGUAACCCGAGUAAAUCUUAAUGAAGAGCCCAGUACGAUAUUUAAGCUAGUGGUCAUUGCAUAUGAUGAUGGUGAUCCUGUGAAGUUCAAUACCACCACUGUAGAAAUUGCUGUAUUGCAACCCUCUGUAAUUCCACGGUUUGCCCAGGAUGAAUACAGACCCCUGCCAGUGAAUGAAGGUGCACCCAAAGGAACUCUGAUUGCUGUUGUUACUGCUGCUGCCUUGAAUCAGACUAUUGUGUAUUCAAUUGUUUCAGGAAAUGAAGAUGAUGUGUUUGCCAUUAAUAACAGAACAGGUGUUAUCUUCAUUAAAAAGCCUCUUGACUAUGAAAGUGUGAAAAGCUAUGAACUUCGGGUACAAGCAGACUCCCUACAAGUAGUUCAAUCCAAUCUACGUGUCCCUUCCAAAAGUAACACAGCCAAGGUGUUUAUUGAAGUGCAGGAUGAAAAUGACCAUGCUCCUGUCUUUACCAAAAAACUCUACAUUGGAGGAGUGUCUGAAGAUGCUAAAAUGUUUUCUUCUGUGAUGAAAGUUAAGGCUGAUGAUAAAGACACUGGAAAUUACAGUGCUAUGCAGUACAGACUCAUCAUACCCCCAAUAAAGGAUGGCAAAGAAGGUUUUGUGAUCGAACCCUAUGAAGGGCUUAUAAAAACUGCAAUGCUGUUCAAAAAUAUGAGAAGGUCCUAUUUCAAGUUUCAGGUCAUUGCAACUGACAAUUAUGGGAAAGGACUGAGCAGCAAAUCAGAAGUACUUGUCUCUGUGGUCAAUCAGUUGGAUAUGCAAGUCAUCGUUUCUAAUGUUCCUCCCACUCUUGUGGAACAAAACAAAGAUCAACUUAUAGGGAUUUUGGAACGCUAUGUUCAAGAUCAGAUUCCUGGUGCAACGGUUGUGGUAGAAUCCAUUGGUGCCCGCAGAUUUGGAGAUGGCUUUUCAGAAGAGGAUUACUCCAAAUCUGACUUAAUGGUCUAUGCAAUUGACCCUCAAACAAACCGAGCUAUAAUGAGGAAUGAACUUUUUAAGUUUUUGGAUGGAAAACUUCUGGAUAUCAAUAAAGAAUUUCAGCCAUACCUUGGACAAGGAGGGCGUAUUCUGGAAAUCCGCACCCCGGAUGUGGUGGCCAAUGUUAAGAAGCAGGCACAAGCUGUAGGCUACACAGAAGGGGCAUUGCUUGCUUUGGCUGUCAUAAUCAUCCUUUGCUGCAUGCCUGCUAUUUUAAUCGUUAUGGUCAGCUACAGACAAUUUAAAGAGCGGCAAGCUGAAUGUGCAAAGACAGCAAGAAUCCAGAUGGCCUUACCAGCCGGCAAACCAUCAAGUAGCGCUGCCAAUAAUCUCUAUGAAGAACUCGGUGACAGCACCAUUCUUUUUCUUCUCUACCAUUUCCAACAAAGCAGGGGAAAAAAGUCAGUCUUAGAAGAAGGAGACCGUCAAAGAGUAAUAAGCAGCUUUGCUUCACGUGCUAUUGAGGCUCACAAGCAGUCUAAUAUCAAUGGAUCGUUGAACAAUAAUCUCCCCAAAUCUGCAAGUAACAUUACAUUUUUAUCUGAUGAGAACCCACUAACAACUCAGAAUCCUUUGUAUAUGGAAGGUGUUGUUCAAGGUUCUCCAAGCUCUUCAUUGCUACGGAAGAGGAAAGAUAUUUUAGACAGUCUUUCACCUAGAAGAUUAGCCUUGAAAGAUGCCCUUUUGGGGUCCCCUUUGGGAGGCAUUCACCGUGCAUGGACAUUACCAAUUCGUAUUACUAGGAGACAUGUGUCUGAUGCUCUAAGUAGGCCAAUUAUCAUGGAUCCAGUUCAGUGGCAACAGGAAAGACUCAAAGCAGAGAAUGAAAGAACUGACAAUCAGCACGGCAGGGUUGAUAUUAGCAGUCCAAUAUUUAAAAAAAUUAUUGGCACCAAGUUAACUGUAAAAGAGAAGGCAAGACAGUUUGAGCAACAGGCUUUGCAGGAAAUGAAACAAGUGAAAUUCUCUGAUAUGAAAUGUUCACAUUCACCAACACACAGCAACUACCACGAAGAAGGAGAAAACAUGCUAGAGUUGUCUCCUGAAUGUCUGCUUGCUUCUCCAUGCCAUCGCUCUCCUCCUUUCUCCUCUUUGACACCUUCUACUGAAGUAGUUGAAUUUCAAUCACUUGCAGUUCCUUCAGUAAUCAUCACUCAUCAUGACUGUCCUGAAGAACUUUCUCCUCCACCAACUCACAAACCACCAACUCCUUCUUUUAGGAUAAAGAGACCAGUUCGCCAAAGUUUUCUGGCUGCUCAAACCAAAGUGGAAGUAACAGAAAGCAUUCCAGAUCCACCCAGAACUCCCCCUCCUCCACCACCCCUGCUGCCACUUCCUCCUCCAACUCCUCCUCCAUUGCCACCACAACCUCCAUCUCUUCCUACCAUUUCUCUAGCCCUCUCCUCCUCAUCUACUCUAAGUACCCAGCACCUUUCUCCUGUAAAGCAUACUAAGUCCCCUGCCAAACAGCUACCAGUAUCAUCCCAGGCCACAGCACCUGAGCCACCACCUCACAGGGAGUUGAAAGGGAUUCUCAAAAAUAUUCACAACUUAGCAGAUAUUGAAAAAUCUGUGGCCAACAUGUACAGUCAAAUAGACAAAAACCACAUUCUACCCAAGCACAUAUCCAAACUUAAACCAAUUGCAGCAUCUGAACUGCCAACUACAGAAACUGUUGCUGAGCACAGCCAGCAGAAUGGCAACUUGAGCUGUAUAGUUGAGGAACUUGAAAAGCGAUUUCCAUCCCAGUCCACUGCAUUAUAAAAUUACAGUUGAAUUUUUUGAAAUUUUUCUUGUUAUAUUUUGUAUGACAUGGCUAUCGCAGUACAUGCUAUCUGCCUCAUAUGUUCCGUAGCUAAAGUACUUCAACACUGAUGAAAGAAUUCAGACUUUUUUCCUCUUUGCUGAAUAUUGCUAUUUGUUUGUUCCUGAUGCUAAACCUACAGUCCAUUUUCUUUGCCUGAUCACUCAUAACUUUGUAAUGUAUGAUAUUUUUAAAGGUAGUUCUGGCCACUCUUCAUUUUACUGUUUUAUUAUGCUGAUUUUUCUUCUUUGUCUGCAUGCAAAAGAUUCAUGGGGAAAAGUGUCCCUUUAAAACCAAUGAACUACAUGUAGCAGGCAUAUGUUGACACUGCUUUAUUCUAAACACUCUGCAUUGUUUUGUCACGAGGGAACUCUAGUGUUGUAGGUUAUGUCAAUAAGCAAGGCAAUUAUCCUGAAAUACUGAAGGCAUCUCUUGCUUUACCCAUAAAGUGUACAUCAUGGGAGAACGCUUACUUUUACUGUAAAAUGUUGGAUGUCACAGAAAAGCAAAUGAUGCUAGAAAACCAACUCAGCAAUAACAAGACAAAGUUGUUACAAUAAUGUAUCAUGUCAUUCUAUAGGAGAUUGUAUAACAUUUUGCUCUGGUGAUGUGCUUUCAUCUCACUGUUGCCCUUGUAGGUUUGAUAAUGUUUUUUUCUAUUUAUUUGUCAGUCAACCUUAUUGUCCUCCUUUUUGUUAUCUAUAUUAUGCCUCCCAUUGCUUUCUUUAUUCCGAAACUUCUUAUUGCGGGUCUUCACUUUUGUAAACCAUUUAAUGUAAAAAGAGCUUGUUAAUUGUGCUUGUUCAUAUUAAUUAGGUAUCUCUUUAAUCAUAUUUCAUGCUAACUUGCUAAAUAUUGGUGGUUAUUUCCACCAAUAACAUUUUUGCGUAUCUUUGAAUGUAAUAAUCAUUCUGAUCAGUGUCAUAAAAAAAGGUUUUAUAAGUGUCUGUAAAAGAUGUAUAUAGUAUGGGUAGCAUUAAUUUAAUUAAACCUACACUUAAAUAUUUCGAUUAUAUUAAAUUAGCUUGUCCUUUGAAACAAAUAAUAAGUAAAAGGAGGUUUGGCAUAAAAAAAU